CAGCUGCCGACAUUGCUCUUCCGAACGAAAAUGUGACAGGAUUUUAACGAAUUUUUUUUUUCCUCUCUCACCAAAAUCGUGGGUGGAAUUGCCACCCCUUGGAAGGCGUGGAGUGGUGAAGAUGAGGAACCAGCUGUGGAGCGUGCCACCCUUCCGGAAGAUGCCAGACCGACGGAUCCGCAAAGCCCGCUUCAAGGACCGCGACCUGCGUGUGCUCAUCGAUUCCGUCAUGGAGAGACGAGGGGACAUCUUCGGUGAGGGGGGCCAGCCGCCCACCAUGCAGAGCCGCCGCCAGGCUUGGCUCUUCGUCAUGGAGAAAGUCAAUGCAGUGUCUGGGACUCGCAGGACCUGGGAGGAGGUGCGGAAGAAGGUCCAUGACCUGAAGAAAAGCACCAAGGAAAAACUGGCUUAUAACAGAAGAGCUCGCCAGUUAUCGUGUGGUGGCAGACCAGACGUCAAAACAUUGACAGAGUUCGAGAAUGAUAUGAUUCUGCUUUUUGGGAAAGAAAGCUUUGAAGGGCUUGAUACUGUGGAUCUUGGAGUCAUGUCAAGACUCAGUGAUCAAGGAGAAACAAGUGGAUCAUCAACCACAGCUGCAAAACAGCACCUUACACCCAAGUACCAAAUAUCAUCACCUCAAGCUGAAGCAGGCACCAGCAUAGAUACACCCACUGGAGGAGGUAAUAGUAUUGAGGAUGAGGAAGAACUGGGUGAGUCACUAAACAUUAGUGAGGACAGGGGACCAAUAUUGGUAGAUGAUGAGAGAUCAUCCUUUGAAGGGUGGAGGCCCCAUAUGCUGGGCCCUCCAAUUGAGGCAGAUGCAGAUACAGAUCUCAGUGGGCCUGCUUUCAAACGGAGACUGUUAGAACAUGAAUUCAGCGUUGAACAGUCACUUGCCUCCAUACACACCACAGUGGAAGAUGGCAUGGUUAUGUUGGACCAACGGUUGUGUGCAUUGCAGUCUGCUAUUGAGCACGUGGCAACACCAGUGGCAUCUGCAGUGGAGACCUCACUAACGCAAGCCUUGGACACAGUUGGGUCAUCACUCAUGAAUGCUCAUUCUGCUGCUAUAGAAGUUUUGGGGUCAAAACUCCAAGAAGCUGUCAAGGCAGGCUUCACUUCUCUUGGAGAACGCUUGCAGGCAACCAUGGCUGAGGGUUUUCAAAGUCUUAUAGAAGCCCAAUGCUCUAUGCUCACUCAGAUAAUUGGUCAACGUGAAAAGCUGGCCUCUUCUACUGGAAUUGUGCACGCCCAUCAAGUUGACAGUCAUUCAAGUGGGAGUUUGGUGCCACCAAAAAAAAAACAGGUGACUGCAGGUGCUGUCUCUGAAAAUCUGGAAUCCAGAGCAACUCAGCAUCAGAGACCCAUGGGACUGAUGCAGGUGCAUCAGGGUUAGUUGCAGAUACAGGUAGCAGGACUUCUGUAUUUGAUGCAGCUACAGGGUUGGCUCUAGCUGCCAACUUGUGCAGAAAGGCUAGGAGAUCAGCACUAAGUCCUGAUGCUUCUACUCCCUAUUUUCCUCCCCCCUCCAAACCUCCCUGUCCCAUCUUGGACGCUGAGCCUGUCUCUGCCAGACUGCACAUGAAGUUGCAGCUGGUACAGCAAUUGACUCUGGACGCAGCCAACAUAUGCUGUGCUCUGUGUGCUGUUUUUUAAAACAUGUGUAUUUAAAUUUAAAAUGUUUGAGUCAUGGUGAGAAGCACUCACACUGGAUGACUUGUUCUGGUGUCAGAUUGGUGGGGAUUGUGCAAGUAGCAAAACCUGAGCAGCUCAUUGAGGGGAUCUGUAGCAGCAUCUGUACUUAUCUGGUGCAGGAAACAAUCCAUUGAAAGUCAAGGGGCCGGCAAAAUUUAGAAUGGUGCAGGAAGACACCCUGGUGACUCACUCUUCUGCAGUUGACUUUAUUCAUUCAGGUUCUAUUUUGUUUUAAACAGAAUAAAGCUUCUGGGAGUUUGCUUGUUUGAACCUUGAAUUUGGCAAUUUGGAAAGGGUAAAAUGUCCCAUUGGUGAAGUUCACUACAUGCUUAAAGCCUCUUGUGAAUAUUCCUGUGUCAUAUCUGCAUAAGCCAUUAAUCUAUUUAAGUAACACACACAGGAAUAGGCUACGAGUGCUUUAAACAAUUUCAAUUUGAAUUUUGAAGUAAGGAAAUUUUACCCUCUACUCACACUUCCUAUGUUGUCAGAUUAAGCCAAUUUCAUAUUAAUUAACAAAUCCUUUCCCUCCUUUCUGACUCUCCGUGGCACUAAAAAAUAACUAAGUAAGAAAACAGAUUGUCUCAUUAGUAUAUGUGCUAGUUUAAGAGAGUGCCAUGGACUGUAUACUGAGAAGGUUACAAGCUGCCCAAAGCUCAAUAAUGGAUAUCUUUUAUAUUUGGGGAAUGGGGAGAUUAAUGCAGUGCCCAAUAUUAACACCAGGGAGACAGUUACAUGCUUCUGCUUCCUGCGUCAACACCUAUGCAGUUGGCCACAAGCUGUUUGCCAGUGCUGUUCCUUAAAUUGCUUAGUAGUAGGUGAUGUGCACAAGUAACAUGGAGAAUCUGCAUGGUACACAAAGGGGUAAUGUGGGAGUGGAGACAAAAAAUAAUACAGCACUGCUUAACUGAAUACAUGCAGUUUACUUUUAAUACAGUUCAAAUCUUUCCUUAUGUGGCAUAAAACCUGAAGGAAUGUAUUCAGAAACUAACCCAAUGAGAGUUAGAUACAUUCUACUGGAAAAGUAUCAAUAAUUGUACAGCAUUUACAAUGUAGAAACAGGUCAGUCAGCCCAUUAACUACUUAAGUUCCACACAAGCACCCUUCCAACUCAUUUUCAUUCAAUCUAAUCAACAAGAUCCUUCUAUUCCUUUCUUCCAUUAAAUGCAUCUUUGCUAUUUGUUUCCACUAUUUCACAUUCUCGUCAUGCUGUGAGUAAGGAAAGUUUCUUACAAAUUCUCUAUUGCAUUGAUCAGUGAU